AUGGAAGACGCUUCGUAUGGAUAUAAAAUUUUAACCAGACCUCACACAACACCAAAUAAUUCUGCUAGUCAGGAGUAUAAAGUGGUAGAUCAAAAAACUUUUGAAGACGAGCUCCAAGCAUAUGAAGAAUCAAAAAUUCGCGAGGAAAAUUCAGAAGAAUGGAUUUAUGAUUCGGAAAGUGGAUAUUAUUAUAACAAAUCAGCAAAAAUAUAUGCUCUUUGGAAUGCUGAAACUCAAGAAUGGAUGUACACAGAUAAUAACUAUGUUAGUGAUUCUAAACAGGAUAAAACUGAGGAAGUGUUGUUAAAUAAAGAAACAGGGCAGGAAGAAAACUCAGAUAAUGCACGCGAAGAAGGUCAACUUUCAGAUUCUGAAGCAUGUGGGACAGCUUUUAUAACGUCAAAUGGAAAAAACGUGAAUAGUCGGGAUCAAAAAUCCGAAGAUACAGAUGGCUUUGAACUAAAUCAUAUUUUUACUCCGCCAGCAGGUUAUUUACCAACUUCAGAAGCACAGUACUAUUUCAAUCCAGAAAGUAAUAUUUGGUUUGAUACGCAUACUGGGGUGUAUUCAAUAUAUGAUGAAUCUACUCAGACAUACACUCCUGUUGAAUCAUCUUAUACAUCAUCAUCUGCCAAUAUUGAAGACACUGCAGUAGAUCAUGGUGAACCUGGUAGCGACGCAACGUUGAGGUUGGUAGUUUUAGAAUCUGAGAUUCUACAAUUGGGUCAUUUAGUUCUAGUAGAUGCAAAUGGGAUAUCUAUGGGAAGAGAUAGAUGGGAUGAUCGCCGACUUCGUUUAGCCGAAAUGCCUACGUCCAAACAUCAUUGCCAGAUAUUUUGUUCCUCUUCUGCGGCUUCUGAUAAUAAAUCUGGUGAAGAAGAAGACUUAAAAAAUUUUACAAACUCUUUAGACACCUUUUUCAUUGUUGAUAAUGGAUCACAGAAUGGCACAUUUGUUAACUCGAAAAGAUUAUCCGAAAGUAAGAUGAGCUCUAAACCUCAUCAAUUGAAUCAUAUGGAUGAAUUAAUAGUAGGAAGCACCAAGUUUCAAGUACACUUACACAAAAAGUGGACAUGCGAUGCAUGUACCGUGACCGAGGGAAAGAUGAUUGACAUUUCACAAAAAUUUGACGGUAACGCUAAUCAUAAUAAGACAAAAUCGAGAAGUGGAGAAGGAGAUAUAAGCGUAAAUAUUAAUAGCAAUAAUAAUACUGCCACACAAAAAGAACUUUUAGAAUUUCAACGACGAGAAGAACUUAGUCGAUUGAAACGUAAAUAUAUGGGACCGUCAAGUUCUAAUCAAAAACAAGUAAAAUAUGUUGAUAGAGCGGCUAUAAGAAGAGGCAUUUACCCAGAUAAUAACCCGAUUAGAAAGGAUUGGGAAGGUGAUUUCACGAUAUCCCAUGAAAGGGAAAUAGAUGUUCAGACUAAAAUUGGAUCUGAUAAUAAAGGAAAUAAACUUCUUCAAAAGAUGGGUUGGAAGGAGGGGCAAGGGUUGGGGCUUAAUGGUACGGGAAUUCUAGAUCCAGUACAACUCGUGACGAAUAAUGGGACGACAGGGCUUGGUGCUAGUCUUGGAAAAAAUACUAAAAAUGCUUCUGAAACAUUGCAGGAAGCAACUCGGCGGUAUGAGAUUCUGCCAAUUGAUAGUUUCUAA